GCAUCGCUCUCACCAGUCCACCAGCGCACUGUUGCGCAAGAACAUUAACUGCAACUUUUGCGCAACUUUAGUCAAUAGAUCAAUAUAAAAGAUGAAGUCCGGUUUUACUGACUUCGUGCGUAUUAUCACUCUAAUUUACCUGCAGCUAAACAUCCCCUUAAUUUAUGGAACCCCGUCAAGGUAUAGUAUGUUCCAAGGAAAUGCAUAUUCUGGCUCGGCUCCACGUCAGAGGAACAAAAACUGGUGUGCGUAUGUAGUACAGAAGAAUGUAACAUGUGCGGUUCUUGGAGCGUCGGAGAGCGUGGUUGAGCCAGAGCUCGCGCCCUGCCCUAUACACCAACCUGACUGCGCGCAACACGUGAUAUAUCGCACACACCUUCGGCCCAUGUAUAAGAUUGGAUACAAGGAGGUGACCGAGUUGGACUGGAAGUGUUGUCCAGGCUACCAGGGGUAUGACUGCAUGGAGCUGAAAGACUUCCCGUCCGCACCUAAAGAACUGCACCAGAAUCCAGCACACAUUCCUGAACAGGAGCAGAGCAUGUUGGGCCCUGAGAAGUUUGACUCUGCGGCUGGUGAAGUGUGGAGCCAGGCGGAGCCCAUUCCCCACUGGGGAGAUUCUCAGCCUCAGCGAGGGCCUCAGCCCAGCCACCCUUGGCUGCAGGGAGGAGCGGGCGGCGGCGGCAGGGCAUCAGCUGACCAGCGCAAGGUGCGUCAGUUGGAGGAAGAGGUGCAGCGGCUCUCCCAAAGCCUGCUGGACCUGCAGGCCGCCAUGACGGGCAUGAACGCCAACCUGCGGCUGGAUCUGCAGGAGGACGCCACCAAGAUCUUCUUGAGCAUGCUGGGCAGCGAGCGGCAGCCGGCCAGCGCACUGGGAGCGGGCACGGAGAGCAUCGUGCUGCCAGCCAUCACGCCAGACCCGCUCUCCUCCUCUGCCACGGAGCAGCUGCAGACUCAGGUCAACGACCUCUCGGACACUCUCGUAGCCAACACACAGGCCCUCAAGGAGCUGCAGGGGCAGGUCGAGCAGCAAGACGGACAGCUGCGCCUGCUAACCAACGCAGGCCAAGGUGCGCUAGACCCGCCCCCCACCUCCGAUUCGGCCAACGAGUGCUGUCUAAAGCAAUACGUGGACAGCAAGGUCUCGGCUCUGCGCGACGAGCUGCUGGAGGGCAUGGACAUCAAGAUGGCCGACCUGAAGAACUCGUGCGAGUACAAGGUGAUGUCGGUGAGCGAGCAGUGCGAGGAGCAGGAGACCUCGUACCUGAGCCUGGCCGAGCUGCUGGACUCCAAAGAGGCCGACCUCCGCAAGGAGAUCCAAGACCUCCGCGACUCCCUGGGCGGCCCGGCGACGACGGCGGGCUCCCCUCCGCCGGCGGCCGACGACGGCGACCCGAGCGGCCGUCUGGCGAAGAUCGAGGAGGCCCAGCGGGAGCUCCGCGCCGCCCUGGAGCGGCAGAACGGCACGCUGGGGCGCGUGCAGCAGAGCGGGGCGGCGCUGGAGGGGCGCGUGGAGCUGGCGGAGAGGAGCGCCGAGGUGCAAGGCCUCUUCCUGGAGGAGAAGCUGCGCCGGGAGAGGGAGAAGGAGCGGCGGGACCAGGAGGCAGCGGCGGGCAACGGCUCCGCAGCUCUGCAGGACGUCAGGAGGCAGCUGACCGCCCAGCAGCGGCUCCUCCGCCGCCUGGAGGGGGCGCUCAACGGGAGCGCGGACGCGGGAGGAGCGCAGCGCCAGUGCUGCGGCGAGGUGCGGUCGCUGGCGCGGCGGGUGGAGGGUCUGGAGAGUUCGGUCGCCGCGCUCAACGACACGGCGUCCGUGCACGCCGAGGAGCUCCAGCAGCUGACCGCCGCCUGCGCUGGCCCGUCGGGGGAGGAGCGCCUCGCGCAGCGGGUGACCACGCUGGAGGACGCCUGGUCGGGGGUGGACGGCCGCGUGUCCGGCGUGGAGGGCGUGUGCGGGCGGCUGGAGCCGCUGUCCGACAGCCUGCGGAGGAUCAAAGACGGCCUCAACAAGCACGUGACAGGCCUGUGGACGUGCGUCAGGCAGAUGAACGGCACGCUGCGCUCGCACACGCGAGACCUGCACGCCCUGUACGAACACACACACGCCCUCCAGGGCACGCUGGAACAGACCACCAACACACCUGUCCGCUCAGGCCCUGAGGAUGCCACCAGUGCCUCUGCGGUGACGGGUUCCUCCGUGCCGCUGGCGCCCGUGUUGGAGACGGGGGAGGCCGGGCCCCCGGGCACCAAACUGGCCUCGCGUCCGCCCAACGGUGCCAACGGGAGCAUGAACCCAGUCAAGGGCUACGCAGGAGCACCAGGUUACCCUCCUCUGUCUCCUGUGUCCCACACUCCUGAUAGUCCCUCAGGAGAUGACGUGAAAUUGAAGACAGCUCAUGCGGUGCUGAACUUGGCACCUCAGUUGCUGUUUGAUCCCAUCUCUUUCUCGGCUGGCCUGACGCUUCUGCCGUUUCCUGGGUCGAUUGGCAUCAUUCGCUUCAACAAGAUUCUCACCAACGAUGGGGGCCAUUAUGACCCGCACACAGGUAUAUUCACUGUACCUGUAGACGGGCGUUACCUCCUCAGCGCAGUGGUGACAGCGGAGCUGACGGAACGAGUAGAGGCGGUGCUUUCAGUGUCCAAUCACAACGUUCAGAGGCUGAACACAUCGUCUGGGGGCGUGGCCACAGACAGCUGUUUAUGCGGUGGCUCCGCCUCCCUCAGUCUCAUUCUGGAUCUGAAGAGAGGUGACAGGGCGGGGCUGGUGAUGAUAUCUGGCAAACUGGCCAUCACAGCGUCCAGUGAGAUCGUCUCCUCAUUCAGUGGCGUGCUGCUCUAUCCAACGCAAGUGAACAGAUGAUACUGUACAAUGGAACACCAUCAUUGCCACCACCAGCACUACACCAGCAGCAAUUUCUUAUAUUUGUGGAAUGUUAUCUCAACAUUCCAUAUAAUACCAAAAUACCAAAGGGAAAUUCAUGUAUUUUGUAAAUCAAUUCCGCUUGACAGAAUGCUUUAAGGUCUAACGCAGCAAUACACAAUCAAGAGAUAACUUAAUGGACAUGGCUUCAGGAAAUACUAGACACUCCAAAUCAUCCUCUUUAAACAAUGUUUUGUUUUGUGUUUUAAUAUAUUGUUUACUCAGAGAGAGAUAUGUGUGUGUGUGUGUGUUCAUGUAUGUGACUUAAAUGUGUUUUUCUAGAAAAUCUGUGUAGACAAAAUAUUUUGUUGAUCUGUUUCUGUCUGACCUAGGACUUUUCAGGUUUUCUUAAGAUCAGAUUUUAUUUGAUCAAACAAACAAAACCUAAUAAAGUAUGUGCCUUGAAUGGCAACCAUCCUUG